GGUGCCAAACCACUCAAAGACAAUAUUACGUUCCAGUUAAACUUCAAGUUCACAUUUCAAUUUUAAAAGCUAAGCUUAUUACAGUAAGCAUAUCCCAUUCAAAAUCAUUUCUUUAGUCAGGAUCAAAGUAUCAUACAUUUAUUAUGUACUCUUUAAUUAAACGUUUGUUUUCUGUUAAAUUGAUUUUGACUAAUGAAAUUAUUUGCUUCUUAGUAACAUCCUUAACUUUUUGCCGGAUAUAUUUUUUUGCCAUUCCUCACCACAAACCCUUUCGGCGGGGGAUACCAAUUCAUCGAAUUUAGAUCUAUAAAUAGCAUGUAGUAAAAGUAUUUACGAACGUUACCGAUUACACCGUCACUCUAUCAAGACAAGUAAGUUGAGUUUCACAAAUAUAUAAUUGUAAAAAAAUGUGUAAGAUAUUGAAUAAUAGGAAAAUGUGUUUUGUCUACAAAAUGAAGGAAAUGAAUUAGUUUAUACAUAUCAGAACCUGGGAGAAAUGUAGUUAAAAUGUCUACCAACGUCAUAUUUAGCGAGGUUUGUGGUGAAAAUGUUGAACUUUCUGAUGACAAAAAAGUAGCGACAUGGGUAUCAAAGAACUCUGAUGGAUGGGCAUGUAGCGAAGCGGAAUUAAAACCAGGAAAAAUUGUUGAAGUGAAAGUAGAAGGAAGUGGGCGAUGUGAUAUCGGCUUCAUGAAAGAAGAACAAACUCCAAUCUCAUUCAAAACAUUGAAUGUAAUACGUGCGCAUCGGAGAACAUGUAGAAUUGAAGUUACAUUAAAAGAAAAUGGCGACGAAAUAUCCUCAAAAUUUGGUGAGAAGACUUUCAAGAAAAAAAUAGAAAAAGAGACAAAAGUUUGGAUUGCUAUAUACAUCAGAUAUGGUGAAAUGUCUGUUGAGCUCAUGACAAAAGGUGAUCCUCAGAGUAACAAGAAGUUUUCGUCUGCUAAACAUGGAACAAAUAUUACAUUAGAAAAUGACAACAUACGAGCCACAUCAGUUAGUAAAAAUCCAGCAUCCGUUUGUUUCAUAUCAGAGCAACUAGAAGUUGGAGGAACAUUACACCUCAAUUGCGAGCCAGAAAAAGAAGGGGAUAGGCAACCUAGUCGGUAUGGAUUAAGAUUACAUGUCUCUGAGAAAGACCCUUCAACCCUGAAGAACGAAUUCAAAUAUUUAUUUGAAGCUUCUUACAUUAAAACAAGUGAUCCGCCUCUCACGACUAUUGAAAGUUUUGAGAAAGACGAAUGUAACGGUGAAAUAACUGUAACUCUUUCUGACAGUAAAACCGUACAAUACAAAACGGCGAGAGGUAAACAGAACAUACAGGUUUUAAACUUUAACGCCAAGAAUGGCGUCUGGGUUGUUCUUGGCCUAUAUAUGGUUAAAGCACAAGCAGUCAGUUACGAAACUAUAUCCGGAGCAGUUGGAGGGCCAGUUUCCAUAACUACUGGUGUUGAUGAACCGGACAGUUUACCCUUAAGACCUAGAGUAACUGCAGUUCCGCCAGAGGAUAAUGUGGAAAGGCAUGAUCGUCAAACUGCAGGUGGCAGUGAGGAAGUGGUUAAACAUCUUGCUGGACGCGUGAUGAGUCUUGAACAGGAUCUCCAAACCAUGAGACUUCAAACAAAAACUUCUACAUCAUCAACUUCGCAAGCGGUUCCAGUACCCAACAUACCUCAAGUGGUUUCAAGCCCUGACUUGAACGUCUUGGCUGAUGAGCUUGGAGAUAAACUGGACUUACAGACGCGAUUUCCAGACUUGGUACGGGAGAUAGAUACAAAAACAUUUUGUGAUCAUUUAUAUGCAAAGGAUAUUAUUACGCUUACACAGAUGGAAUCAAUCGAUGCUGUAUUAAAAAAUAAUGGCUCGGCAGAUGCAAACAGAGAUCUAUUGAACAUCAUGAAAACGAAACGCAUAGAAAAGGACAUCAUGAUUCAAAUAGUUGAGGAGUCUCAACAAUCACACCUUCUGAAAAUGUUUUACCCUCCCGAUGAGAAUGCAUAUAAACACCUUACUGGACAAAUUAUAAGUGUGGGACAAGUACCGCAAGAUGUAAGAAUCGAAACUCAAAAUUCUGCAUCAACAAAAGUCCAAGCGGGUAGAGUCCCUGUGAAACCCCGGAAAGUUUUAAGCCACGAUUUGAACGUCAUGACUAAUAGCGUUGGGGAUGAGCUAAACUUAGAGAAACGGUUGCCAGAUUUGUUACGACUGAAAGAUAGAGUGGGACGUCAUCUUAAAGAUUUUUGUACAACUGUUGAACAAUAUGAAGAAAAGAAAGGAGGCAGUAGUCAAACUAAGAGUCCUGGACAUAUAAUAUACGCAACAUGUGUUGACUUCAAAACCAGUCUCCAAGACAGGAUACUAAAAGGCAAAGAUAUCACAAUAGAUUUCGAGCCACCAUCUAGAUGUGUAGGAGAUGUAAACUGUCACCACACGCUUACCAAUGAUAAUGUCGAUAUUCUAAUGAAUCACGCAAUGCACACAUAUUUGAACUCCGGAACCUGUCAUUCGGACAGAAAGCCGUGUCGUGCACGUUUUCUACAUCUGACUGUUUGUUCAUCAGAAACAAUCUUGAUGAUAGAUACACACCAAAACUUGCAUAUCUCACUUUACUAGAAUUAUACUUAAAGAACUUAAAUUUCGACAAGUCUGAUGUUGAAGUUGAACACAAUGUAUAUGCCAGAUCAAUUAUAUUAGACUAUAUUUGUUAUACUCUUGUGAAAAGCCACAAGGAUGUCGUGGAAGCUUACCCGUCGACGAAAGAAAAUACAUUUGUAUUAAUUGCUUUUACAAAAAAUGACAACGAUUAUCAAGAACUAGAAACGUUUAACGGUCUUCAAGUUUUAUGUAGGCCAUACCUUACAAAGUCGUCCGAAUCUAUUUUGGCUGAAAAUUAUGCACAAGAGCAAGGGUUGCAUUGCUCGUUUGGAAAGGAUAUUCAAUUGCUAAACGAAGUCAUCGAGUCGAAAACAGGAGCGUUAUUUACCGAUCAUAGCAAUAUUGAAGGCAUUGGUUUAAGCAUGGUCAGGUCUACGAGCAAAGGUUUUGAUACAUCCUCACCUUGUGUGGUACUUUAUUGCAAGUGUAAGUCUUACAUUCCUUUCGGUGAACAAGAGUUUCCAAAAUACCUAACCCACUGGAGUGGUAUUUCAGUUAAAACUGAUGUACGGGAAGGACGUUUCAGUUUUGGUCCUAAUGGUAAUACACUGCUGGGUGCUGCAACGGAGUGGCACAAAGAAGUAGCCAUGGGUUGCAGCGUAGGACCGAAAAGUGGACAUUACAAUGCAACCAUUGGGCCAUUUGUAAAAGUUGAAGGUAUUGAACAAACAUGUUUUCUAACAGUAAGACAUAUGUUCCAGCCUUUUGAUCUAGAUGACCGUCGACUUCAAGGAACCAAACUGAUGCAGCCGGCAGAUGGCGAUACUAAGCCUGAUCCAUACAGCCAAGCUGGGCAUGGAGGACCCGGUUAUGAUAGAGAAUGUGGUGAGGUUUUAACGAGCGCUUUCAAUGAGAGGGUUGAUGCAGCUGUUGUCAGAAUAAAAGCUGAUCGUUCCCCGAGCAGAGGAUACUUUGUUGUUCCUACGGAAAAUGAACUAAAAGUUGCCGGUUUUUCACAUACAAACUUUCCGGCUUUUGAUGAUGGGUCAAUUAUGAAUGCAACCGCAUUCACGACAGAAAACUUUGCUACAGAAAGGGUUGUCAAAUUUGGAAAAACAACCGGAUUAACGAAAGGAUCACUUGAAUUAAACUCCAUGGCAGUAAAAGUUGUGGACGAGGAAGCAUUGGCCUACAGUACAAUGGACGUCUUGUGAGUAAGGUUAUGAAAAAGCAACUGAAAGUUAACUCUCACUCACUGAAGACAUUUUUCCAGCUAGGGGAUUCUGGAUCCGCCGUGUUUUUGGUUGACAAGCAAAAUAAAUUACAUUGUAUUGGGAUGGCAAUUGGUUCAAUGUCCGACCUGUCGUGCCUUGUUACACCCAUACACGUUGUGUUGUCCGAGCUGGAGAAGAAACUAGGCAAGCAAAUUUUACUUAAAAGCUUUGAGAUGGAAAAUAUGCAGUAGAUCUAGAUAUACAAUCGAUUGUGACAAACUGGCAAACUGAAAUAUAUAUCUGAAUUGUUAGUUAUGAUAUUAGGGCCCGGAGUGCAGAUUUUGGCUAAGAUGAUCUUUCUUUAAGUUUGGUAAUAUUAUGAACAUAAGAACAGGAAUUUUUGUUUUCAAAAUUAUCUUUAACAAGAGUGAGGUAAUAUUUGUCUGAAAUUCUAGAUUAGAGGAGGAAGAAGGAUAAUUUAAGAAAUUGAUUUGCUGUGUAUGGUGUGUGUGUGUCUGUC